CUGAACGUCAAUGCCAAAUUUCCGGGUGCUUCCCACGACUCCUUUAUUUGGAGAAAUUGUUCCUUAAAGAGGAAGUUAAGGGACGUGGUGGAAACUGAUACCAAUGCUUGGCUAAUAGGUGACAGUGGAUAUCCGUGCGAACGAUGACUCAUGCCUCCCGUUAAAAAGCGAAGGCUAGAUCCGCAAGAGGAGCGCUACAAUAAAAAGCACGCAAAAACAAGGAACCCCAUUGAAAGGUGCUUUGGUGUGCUGAAAUCAAGAUUCAGGUAUCUCAUUCAGGACAGAAAACUGCAUCACCAUCCAGUUGUGGCGGCAAGGAUAGUAAAUGCAUGUGCCGUGUUGCACAACAUGUGCAUACUUCACGAUAUUGAAGAUCCGGACGAUAUUAGCAGCGAAAUCACUGAAAGAGAAAUUCAGGAUAGUAUUGGUGAUGAUGAUGCUGAUGAUGAUGAUGAUGAUUAUUUAUCUACACCACCAGAUGCAAAUGGCUAUGCAACACAGCAGCGGCUGAUCAGCAUGCUUGGGAAUAUUUAAAUUAUAACUAGUUUUAAAAUAUUUGUUUUCCUUUUUUGCAGUUUAGUAAAAUAAAUAAGCUUAAUAAUUAUAAUGUUCAUUGUGAUUUUGAAGUAUUCUGAUUUAUUUUUUGUACAUUAAUCUAUUUUUUUGUGUAUUAGCCCAGCCUUUUUUUGUAUAUUAAUCAAGAUUUAUUUGAUAUAAGAAAGAGUGUAGUAACCUGAUUUAUUUUGCUACAGAUUAGUAACCAGAUUUACUUUGCUGUUCAAUUUUUUACUUAAUUAAAAUUAUAGCUAGUAAUUUUUGUUUUCAAAUAAAUUUUUAA